CUCGACGGCCGGCGUCUCAGUGUCGUCGCGACGACCGACGUCGUACUCCUAUUCUCUCGUGUGCGCUCCGUCCUCUUAUUAUACUUAAUAUAAUCAAUUUGAUUGAUUAUUUAUCCGCGUGAGAAAACGUAUUGUCUCGUGCGCGCGUGUUAAAAAUCUGUAAAAAGUUGUAGUUGGUUGGUAUUAGACAUUUGAAGGUAUUUUUGGAUAUAAAUAAAUAAAAGUUGAGUUGAAUUGAUUGGUUGGUCGUUAAUCGUCCCUUUGAGGACGUUAAGACGCGUUAUUCCGGGCUUGAGUGCAGAUGAGGCCACGAUCGAUCUGCGAAAGGGUGGCGGAGGAGUAUCGCGACGAGGAGUAUCGUCACGGGUACUACGAGAAUCGGUGCUUCUGACAACCGGACGAGCGGAGGGACAGACAGACGGUAGUGUGCCACAACAGUCGCGGUGCUUGCGAAUACUCGAUGGAUGAGUUCCAUCCAUUCAUUGAGGCCCUCCUACCAUUCGUGAAGUCUUUCUCGUACACGUGGUUUAAUCUACAAGCCGCCAAGAGGCGUUACUAUAAGAAACACGAGAAACGGAUGAGUCUCGAAGAGGAACGUCAGUGUAAGGAGGAGCUCCAGAACGAAAAGCUGGAGGUGAAACAGAAAUGGGCCUCACGGCUUUUAGGAAAGUUACGAAAGGAUAUCACGCAAGAGUACAGAGAAGACUUCGUGUUAAGUAUAACAGGGAAGAGGCCAGCCAUGUGUGUCCUCAGCAAUCCUGAUCAAAAAGGCAAAAUGAGAAGGAUAGACUGUUUGAGGCAAGCCGAUAAGGUAUGGCGAUUGGACCUGGUAAUGGUGAUACUCUUCAAAGCAAUUCCGUUGGAGUCGACGGACGGGGAACGGCUUGAGAAGACCGCGGAAUGCGCUCAGCCGGGUCUCUGCGUCAACCCCUAUCACAUCAACGUCUCCGUCCGGGAACUCGAUCUCUACCUCGCCAAUUUUAUCACCAGUCACGAGGUCCUAAAUGGCAUCUGCAAUGCGAGCAAAGAAGAGGAAAGGCGGCGAAAAGGUGCAGGAUACCACGAACUUUAUAACGGUGUCGUGUGCAAUGACACGAUCCUCGCGACAGGUGUCUUCAGCUCGAAGGAGCUCUGGAUGCUUUCAAAAGCGUCCAUACUGCAUGACCUCAGCGACAUGCAGCCUCAAAUAAACGCGAUCAAAAUAGAGCACCCGCCGUACUACUGCAGCAGCUACACCCCUCCAUCCGCAGCCACGGCCGCGGAUCAUGCUCAGCCUGCGGCUAGCUUCAGUCCACCACCGGUACACCAGCUGAUAAGAAACGACAAGACUGAAAAAGCUCCAACGGUCUCGGUUUCGAGUGCGGCGACUUUUUCGCCAGUUCUCAGGCCGGAGGACGGUCAUCGUGGAAUGGAUUCACCUCAUUCGCAGACGGGAUUGCACUCGCCCCACGAAGGAAUGGCCGGUGGUUCCGGUCAGAGUAUGUCCGGUCUCGCUUACUAUCAACCUGAACAUCCUGCUUCUACGGGAGUGGUGAAGUAUCCGGAGAACGGUCACGAUACGCUUUCCGAUUUCGUGACGUUUGUCUGUCAAGAAGCUGAAAAUACCCAGCAACUACCCCAGGCGCAGCUAGCGGGACCGCGUACUGGCAUACAAAAGUUCUCACAGUAUUAUCCAAGUUCGAUGUUACCUCCACCACCACCGGCUCCAAUGGCGAGACCGGUAGCGAUCAUCAGGUCGACGGGUGAGUUGACUGGUACGAGCGCUAAUUCGCCCCCAACUUCUUCGACAUCUCCAACGGAUCCGGCCGAACUUGGGCCCAAUCAACAGGAACAAAUGGCAGCCGCCGCGGCUGUUGGAUUGGUCAGUUCAGCAUGUCAGAAUUCCGUCGAUCCAGCUGGUAGAAAAAGUCCUGCGAGAAUCCUUGUCACAGCACCUCACACCAGCAGGGAAUACACCUUUGCUCACUUUCAUUCUCAACCUGGACAACAAAUCUUUACCUACCCAACUAUCAGUUCGAUGUCAGGGGUAAUAUCUCCGACGAAUCUGUCGUUGUUCUCGUCUCCCGUUUCGGUGACGAGACCGGUAGCCACCCAAAGGUCGGUCUCGAAUGUACCACCACGUUGGAAUACAACACCGUUUAUCAACCUUGAGGAUGAUUAUAAUAUGAUAGCACCUAUUAUCGCGGGAACGACCAGUGAACCACCGUCUUCGAUGGACGAAGAUCGUUAUUUCCAUCCGGUUCAUACGAGCAGCGUGGUGGACAAAACUGGUACGGGUAAUUUAAUGGGAACCGACCUAGGCGUGGCUACCGAUCCCACGUCGCAUCAUCACCAACAACAACAACAGCAACAACAACAACAACAGCAACAACAACAGCAGCAACAGCAGCAGCAACAACAGCAGCAGCAACAACAACAGCAACAACAACAACAACAACAAGUGAUGCAAGACAAAAGCGGUAGACCCAAGUCUCCCCCGUGACACUGGGGUCUUCGACCGGAAAGUCUUGCGACUUCAGCAGCGCCAUGUUGUUCCACGGGGUCGUUACUCACUCCCAUCCACGAUAACAGUAACCAAUUAUAUCACCCCGAUAUUGAGGGUGAACAUCCGGAUUCCUCAUGUCGCGUCCAACGUCGCGAUCUGAGUUUUCGGAGAAUCGAGUGCCUGAGAGUCUGAACGUACUAUAUAUAUAUAUAUUAUUUGAAAUAAGCGUAAAGACCGUCGAUAGAUAUUUACUUUUCUCAUAAACGUCUAAACAUGCGUUCGACAUUUUGACUCCUCGAACGGACGCUAGUAAAAAAUAACCUCCUUCUCUCUUCUCCUCCUCUUUUACGCCUACAAGUUUAUACAAAAAAUACAAACAAACGAACAACGUCUCUUUCUCCUCAACUUUUAUAAUAUUCUAAUUAUGUUUCUCAUUUGUGUCUAAUCUAAAUUAAAAAGAAAGAAAAAAACAAAUUGAAACAAGUUGAUUUUAUGAUAUUUUACACGUUUAUCAUUUUGGAUAAAUCAACUUUUUUCCAUUUCUUUUACCCAUAAAUUAUUGGAUUGAUUGAACACUUUCGUUUAUAAAAAAUUUCUCUUUGAUAUCCCCGAUCGACCCCCAUACCUCAUACUAAGAAAGGAUUCUAAAGGUGAUUCACUUUCAACGUGCCAAUUAGGAGACGAGGGAGAGAAAAAAAGAAAGGUUUAAAGGGUUGAUCGGUGAUAAAUUUAAAUUCUACUCGUUCACUUUUUUUUUCUUUUCUCUCUUAUUAUUGUUAUCAAUUUUUUCAACGGUCUGUCAAAAACGUCGACGAUUAUAACGAGGAUUGAUCUAAAAAAGAAACUAUGUUAUAAUGCUCAGACCUAGUGCUAACAAUAAAUAUAACUGCUAGUGGGGAAACAAAAAAAAACAAAAUAAAAUAAAAUAAAGGAAGAAGGACUAGCGCGUGCUAGUAAACAGAGGCUGCUAGUUAGAAAUAAACAAAGUGAAUAUUUCGUAUUUCAUUACUCGAAUUCGAUGAAACAGUUAACUGAUUAUAAUGCGUUGUACUUAUAUUUAUACAUACAUAUACAUAUAUAUAAAAUAUAUAUUAACGGGAACAGCGUUGUGAUGCAAGUGGAACGAAAUUAUGUUUGGUAAUAAACAAUAAUUAUUAUUAAUCAAACGAUCCAAUAGUUGCAUUCAAUAUUCGAUCGAAUGAAUUACAACGAGAUUAUAAAAACGUUGAUCGUUCCAUAAGCAAAACUACGAUGAAUCUACGGACGUAUGGACGAUAACAAAGAAAAAAAAAAUAAAUGAUAGAUACGUUAGAAAAAAAAAAGAUAAAAAAAAAGCACAUAUACACAUAAGUAAAGAAAAAAGAGGAGAGAAAAAGAGAGAGAAAGAGAGAGGAGACGAACCAAUGUCGAAUCUGUGACUAAAGUGUUACCUAAAAUUAUCCCUUCACUCCUCGAACAACCCUCCAUCCUCUCCCUCUUAUCCUAUCCCCUUUAUCAACCCAAAAUCCUUGAUCUUAUUGUAAAAUUAAAAAUGCGCUUAAUAUACUCGCUAGUUGACAAGAUUAAUAGUUAAUGAUUUCUAGGUUUAUAAAGGGUUACACUUUGUUUCCUCUCCUCGAGUAAGAUUGAAAGAGUGUAAGCGGCCUCUUUUAUUUCAAAUCUUGAGCUUUAAAAAAUAGGGGCUGGGAAAGGGGUUGGUUGUAAAAGGUUGUUACGCACAAAAAUUAUAAAAAGAGGAAGAAAAGCUAAAUGGCAAUUAGAAAUAAUAAAUAAAUAAUGCAUUAGAGAUCGUGUAUUUAUUAAGUAUUAUACGAUUAGGUUUGAAUAAAAGAGGAUGCGCGCGUGUUUCUUUAUUUUUUUGUCAGUGAAAAUUUCGUUACACUCAAUCAAUCGAUUCGUAGUGAUAGUACAAAAGAAAAAGAACACAAAAGAGUUUGACAGCAGCAACGAGUACUUACGUAAAAUACAUACUUAUGUCAAUAAUAAAAAUGCUAGGCACACAGUG